AUGUUUUCCACAGGAGUCCUCCUUCUGGCUGUUUUGAUUUCACCUGCACUGGCUGGGCCAUGGGCUACUAUAUGUGCCGGCAAGUCUUCCAAUGAGAUCAGGACAUGUGACAGCCACGGCUGUGGCCAGUACACGGCUCAAAGGCUUCACCGGGGUGUGGAUGUCUUGUGCUCAGAUGGAUCUACUGUGUAUGCACCUUUCACCGGAAUGAUUGUGGGCCAGGAGAAACCUUAUAAAAACAAAAAUGCCAUCAAUAAUGGUGUUCGGAUCUCUGGAAGAGGUUUCUGUAUUAAAAUGUUCUACAUUAAGCCAAUUAAAUAUAAAGGUUCUAUCAAGAAGGGAGAAAAACUGGGCACUCUAUUGCCCUUGCAGAAACUUUAUCCUGGCAUACAAUCUCAUGUACACAUUGAAAACUGUGACUUGAGUGAUCCUACUGUGUACCUAUAA